CGGCGAUACAGCCUUGCCAGCUGUCAGCCAUCGAUUGUAAGAACUUUUGCUGUCUUAGAAAGCAGCAGUACGUACGAAAACAGUAUCUUUGAUUUUUUCUACUUAAUCAAAAUAAUAUACUGCGCUUCGAAUAAAUUUCACCAGGAAUGGAUAGUAAUAUUCAUAACAAUAUGCCUCCACAAACAAACAGUAACUUAAAUGAGGAACCAUCAUCCCAAAAUGAAAUACCUACACUAGCUGUGUCUGUAUCAGUUAUACAAAAUGAUAUAAUCAAUUCGGGAAACAUUGCUGCAGCACAAACUUCAAUUGAAGACCGUAUGACUGGAGGAGAAGACAUUCCACCUCCAAAGGCAGAUUUUUCAGCUCCACCACCUUAUGAAGUUGCCACAAAAUUACCUAGUUAUGAGGAAGUACAACGUGAAAAAACAUUACAAGGGGAACCUUAUCCUCAAAUCCACAUGCCUGAAAAUAUUAGAACACCAUCAAGGCCUUUAACAAUAUUGGCUAUAGAUACUGAAGUUGUAGAAGGAGAUCCAGAGAGUACUUUACUUGGCACUGAUUUUAUGUUCUUUACAGCAUUUUUGGUUGCAUUUUGCUUUAAUUGGAUCGGAUUUUUAUUAAUGAUGUGCUUCUGUCAUACAAUUGCAUCUCGAUAUGGAGCACUGUCUGGUUUUGGUUUAUCUUUGUCAAAAUGGACAUUUAUUGUUAAACAUUCCACUGAUCUUGCAUCACGUGAAAAUUCAUGGCUAUGGUGGUUGAUAAUGGGAUUUGGAGUUUUGAUUUGUGCACGUGCUAUUAUUCAAUAUUUGAACAUCAAACGUGGUUGGAGACUACUACCUGGAAGUGCUCAGGAACGCUUACUCUUUUUUUAUUAAGCCAUUAAACUUGCACUUUUAUCUAACUUGGCUUUAGAACAAACAGCAUUUCUAUCUGGGGUUGUAUUUAUAUAAUAUAUAAUCUACACCCUCUAAAAAUAUAUAUUACUUAAUAUUGGCUAUGUGUACUAUUCUAUUAUUAGAAAAAAGAAAAAUUAAAGUUAUUAAGACUAUUUGCCAAAUUUGCUUAUGUAUGAGAUAAACAGAGCAAGGUAAAAACAGAAAUAAGAUAACUUUUGCACUCUAUUUUAUGUAUUAGUAUCACAUAGAUAAAAUAAACUGUAAAUUUUUAUUGCUCAAAUAGUAUGGACAAUGCUUUAAUGUGAAAUAUUAUUUACAUGUUGUUCAUUUGUACGAACAGAUACACAUAAGAAUUGUUUCGUGACAUCUGGGAUACAUGUAAGUUUAUUACAUAUAAAAUUGGAAUUAUGAGUAAAAGAAUUUAUUUUCUAAGAAAAAACAUAUAACCAUUGUCCGUAGACAGGUAUUGAAGUAUAAAAGUUCUAAUAGUGAUAUUGUGUAAUACCUUCUAGUACUAGGUAAGCUUCUAGAAUUUUGAAUAUGAUCUAUAUAUUGAUAAUCUGCAUUGCUUGUUUGUAUAUUACUAUAAUUUAUAGAGAGGAUCCUUAUUGAAUUUAAAAAUAUAAGUUACUCAUAAAAUAUACAUAUGUGUGGUUAUGUAUAUAUGUGUGUAUAUGUACACACAUAAAUGUAUAAAAGAAUUGCUGCGAAUCUAUAUACAUUAUAUGUUAUAUUGUCAAAAACUUCAUUGUUAUAUACUUAUUACAACAAUAUAAAAAGCUAA